AAAAAGCGGAGGGGAGGAGAAAGGAAAAGGCAGCGGCGGCAGCAGCAGCGGCAGCAGCAGCGGCAGAUCCCACCGAGGAGUACGUGAACCCGCCGUAGUAGCAGAAGAGUGCACUGCUGCUUUACUGAUUGGCUGAAGAAGGCGCUGCGGACUACCAACAUGGACCUGCAGCAUCCUGGUGUUUCUCAAAAUUCAUAGCUUUCUGAUCUGCGGCUGAGUCUUCAGAGCUCCAAGUGGCGAGAGGUGCUGGUCAGUGACUUCAUACCCAACAGGUCGUCUGUCUCGUGUUACAAUGAUGUCAGUGGAUGUGACCAAUUGCAAUGGCCCUGUUGCCACACCUCCUACCUCUCUCAGCCUCCGCUCUUCACACAAUCAGCUACUCAGCAGCGACGUCAUCAAGCAAGGCUCGGCCACGCCACCCAAGUGUCGCAAAAAGUAUGCACUCACGAGCAUCCAGGCUGCCAUGGGCCUUGGAGAAAAUGCGCCACCUUCAACAUCGCCGUCUUUGACCCCGACGCAGCCUGCAGCCCCCAACAAUCCCAAGCUAGCCAAGAACGGGGCCAACCAGCUGCGUAAAGCCGGUCAGGACCACAAUAAAAACACAACCGACCCUGACCCGACAGACCCCGAGUGUAAUCCAGAACCGAUAACUGAUGAUCCCAAUGUUAACACGGUAGAAGAGCAAGACAGUCACUCUCUGACGAACAACGACCGAGAGGAGGAUGUGUUUGAGUUGGGUGCUGAGCAGCGGCCAGGAUCCACCAGCGACGCCGAGUCGGAGCAGAAAACGGAAUCAGAUGCAGAUUGUAACAUUAACUGGACGGAUGAGACCAAGCAGAACGGCAGUUUGGCAGAUUUAGACUUUGUCCUGAACGUUGAGGCGGAGGAGCCCGACGACAUAAGCAUUCUGUCUGACAAGGAAAUCCCAUCAAAGAUGAAGAUGGAGGAAGAUGAGGUGGUGGAGGAGCUGGAGGAUGAGGAGGAGGAGAAGAAGCCGUUGCUGAUGCUGAAUCCCGAUUCGCCAAUGAAGGAGGAAAAAGUUUCUUCAGGUUCUGAAAUCAUCUCUGAACUCCAGUCCAACCUUGCGCUCUUCCAAUCAGAAAAGAACUGUGGGGUUCCUCCCCCGCUCUCCCCGCCAAGGCAAGGCAGUCCAGAAGACACCCGCCUGCUCUCUGCUGCCUCCUGCCCCUCCUCUUCCUCCUCCUCUCCAGAGACAAAGAAGGACCGGAGGACUGGAGCAAAGACAGACUGUGCGUUGAACCGCAUCCAGAAUCUAAACCCCAGUGAUGAAGAGUUGAGCUGGACUACUCUGUCCCAGGACAGCAACUCCCCUGAGGAGACAGAUAUCUGGAGUGAGCAGUCGUUCCAGACUGAUCCCGACUUGCCUCCAGGAUGGAAGAAGAUCACAGACAUGGCCGGCAUCUACUACUGGCACAUUCCUACAGGCACCACCCAGUGGGAGCGGCCCUCCACUCGUCCACCUCCACCUGGGCAGAAUGAGACCCCGGCACUGGCUGACCCCACGGCCCCUGUGCCGCGUAAACACUCCCAGGGCUCCCUCAGCCCCCUGACCACUCCUGACCACGAGUCAUGCCAGGCGGAGAUCUUUUUCAGAGCGUCGACUCGUUCAGGAAGCACGACCUCUGACAGCUCAGUGGAGCCGCUAUCCAGUCAUGAGUCCGCUCUCCCUACAUGUGGAUUUGUUAACAGCUGCUACUUUCCUCGUUCCACGUCCUUACAGGAGACGCCCGAUCAAGAAACUCGUUCUCAAUAUCAUGAAGAUGAAGAUAAGAAGCAGGUGUGGAGUGAAUUUGGAGGAAAAAUUGAUAGUGAAGUGUGGAAGGACCUGCAGGCAGCCACGGUGAACCCUGACCCCAGUCUGAAAGAGUUUGAGGGUGCUACGCUCCGCUACGCUUCUCUCAAGCUCAGGAAUCAUCCAACCACAGAGGAAAAUGAGUCCAGCAGGGCAAACAGUGACCCAGAAGCUAAGUGCUUUGCAGUGCGCUCUUUGGGGUGGGUGGAGAUGGCCGAGGAGGACCUGGCCCCUGGGAAGAGCAGCGUAGCCGUCAACAACUGCAUCCGACAACUGUCCUACUGCAAGAACGACAUACGGGACACCGUCGGCAUCUGGGGCGAGGGGAAGGAUAUGUACCUGGUGCUGGAGAAUAACAUGUUGAACCUGGUCGACCCAAUGGACCGCAGCGUGCUUCAUUCCCAGCCCAUUGCCAGUAUCCGUGUCUGGGGUGUUGGCCGGGACAAUGGCAGAGAGAGGGACUUUGCAUACGUGGCGCGGGACAAAAACACCAGGAUCCUGAAAUGUCAUGUGUUCCGCUGUGACACGCCGGCCAAAGCCAUCGCCACAAGCCUGCACGAGAUCUGCUCCAGGAUAAUGACGGAGCGAAAGAAUGCCAAAGCCAUGGCAGGAGGUUCACUCCAGGACAGGAUGCAGGCAGGGCUGGACCUCCCUUUACAAGCAGAGUUUCCCACACCAAAGACGGAGCUGGUUCAGAAGUUUCAGGUCCUCUACCUGGGCAUGAUGCCUGUGGCCAGACCAAUAGGCAUGGAUAUACUGAACGGAGCCAUAGACAGUCUGAUUGGCUCUUCCAACAGAGAAGACUGGACUCCUGUGGCCCUUAAUGUGGCAGAUGCCACUGUGACCAUCAGCAAAGACAAGGAUGAAAAGGAGGUGCUGGUGGAGUGCCGCGUUCGUUUCCUGUCUUUCAUGGGCGUCGGCCGUGACGUGCACUCAUUUGCCUUCAUAAUGGACGCCGGCGGCCAUCGCUUCGACUGCCAUGUCUUCUGGUGUGAGCCCAAUGCUGGAAGUGUGUCUGAAGCCGUGCAGGCAGCUUGCAUGCUGCGGUAUCAGAAGUGUCUGGUGGCCCGGCCGCCCUCCCAGAAGGCCUGCGGCUCGUCGCCCCCCGGAGACUCCGUGUCCCGUCGGGUAUCGACCAGCGUGAAGCGAGGCGUCCUGUCUCUCAUCGACACCAUCAAACAGAAGAGACCCGUCACAGAGCUGCCGCAGUAACGGCAGCGAGCCGGUACAGGCUUCCCAACACAGCUCUCGGUCACCACGGAAACAUCACCGCUUCGCUGCCAAGACCCCGUCUCCAUCACAGACUCCAGCAGCAGUAGAAUAGCUACAGGCUUAGUGGAGUCUCCAGUGGCUUUUAUUUUCGUUUUUUUUUUUUUUUUUGGGGGAAGAAAAUCUUAAGCGUUUCUCAGUCGAGUAGCUGUUAAAACAAAAACGAUUCCCAAUCAAACAGGAGCAUCCAAGAUAGUCGUGUACAUGACUCUCAUUUCUAUCAGUAACGGCGCGAGGAGAAGAGGGAACAACCUGAAGAAGAAGCAGGAGGCGCUCCUUCAAGCACAGCACGCGUGCCAUGACCGAGCUCAUCGCUGACCAAAACGCUCAUCUCUCCAUGCUUUCUGUGUAUCUGUGUCUGCGCCUGUCAGCAUGAAGCUCCACACCGGGCCACCCUCCCUUGUCAUCGUUCAGUCUGUAUUGGCUCUUCUCCCUCUCGUCGUCCUUUAGUAAACCUAAACGUCAGAACAAAACAAAGAGAGAACGAGCGGGAAAAGCCAUCAUGUUCUUGUUCCUGGAUGAACAAAGGAAGCUGCUACGGACUUGAGAGAUUCCAGUGCAACCUGUUCAGCUGAGCGUGCAUGAAGUUGUUGUUUUUUUUUAUUUGUUUGCUUUUUUUUAUCUAAAUGUGAACCAUUCGAAACAAUGUGGAAACAGUGCUGCUGCUUUCAGAGACAGGAGGAGGAAAAUCAGAAGGCUGCAUACUUUUUGGCCUCGGGACGAGCGGUGACUCGUCACCGGAAUCAUCCUUCACAUCUUUCCUGUUUUUGUGUUUUGUUUUUGUUUGUUUUUUUUCUUUUGGUCUUUUUAUCUUUUAAGAAAUUACAGAUAAUAGCCAUAUCAGAGGAAGAGCUGUGGGACAGUUUUCCCUCAUUGGUAUUCAGUGCUAGACUUGCUGGUUCUAACACAGGAGACAUCAGCAUGCUGGAGGGAAAUCUGAUAGUUUCUCUUCAAUCCCACCUCACUCCCUGGAGACGCUGGGUCCUCUAAUAAAGUGGAUCACCUGGAGCAGGGGUCCCCAAAGAUGGCCCUCGAGGGCCGGCAUCCUGCAUGUUUUAGUGACAUGUCAUUGACAUCAUUGACAUGCUGAAAAGGUUGUAACUACCAUCAGGGAGAGAACUAAAAUGUGCAGGAUGCCGGCCCUCAAGGACCGACUAUGGGCACCCCUGACCUGGAGGAAGAGAAAGGAGACUUUAGAAUUGUUUUUUUUUUUUUUUUUCUUUUUUCUGUAGGAUUGUUUGGGUUCAGCCUUCAGUUUCAAAGGAAAACCCAGCAGAACGUUUGAGGGGCUCAAACUGAGCAGGAGUUUCUGGCGCUGCUAUUUGUUUUCAAGGUUCUUCUACAGUCCAGAGUGCUUUUGUGUAAGAAAAUCUUCAUUUGAAUUUGUUUUCACCAGUGCCAUGGGUAUGUUUUCAAAAAACACAAAUCCACUUAUUUCCCUCGUCUAUCUCUGUACUGUCGUAUAUCGGACAUGUUUGGAUGUAAGAUAAUCUUUUAUUCCACCUUAAACCUCGAACUGUUUGCUAAGCCCCUCCUUCAAAACGUUAUCCAAUCACAGCACCAGAAACUUUGCUUCUUUUUUCUUUUUACUCAAAUUGUGUUAAUGUUGGGAAGGGUGCCUAAAAACAAUUAACUCAUAGAUCUGACAGGUGAUACAAGAUGAAUUCAAGGGGUCGAGGCUUAGCAGACUAAUGGUGUUAUAGAUCAAAUGUCCUAUGAAAGAAUUAGUAUACCACCAAGAAAAAACUGUUGGCUUUUGACUAUAUUCUUAAACGUUUUAGGUUUCAUGAAAUACUUCAGCCUCAAAAAAGGGAAAUGAUGAAAUUAUUUUGUGGGGACAUUAAAUCCACCCACGGCAUCAGAUGCGGGCGCUUCUUUCUGUAUAGGGUUUCUAUAAUUCAAAUUAAUUUGUUUUGAGUUGGUGUAAAAUAGUUUUAAAUCCUUCAACAUCCAUCUCAAAGGAUUUGUCGGCCCAUUUUCCAAGGUUUUGGUCAAGUCUGUGUCAUGGAGACCUAGUACAGCGUCACGUGAUUUGUAGACUUCCCACUUGAAAGCACCACAACAGCGCCCCCUGCAGUCAGAAUUUCUACUGAGAAAGUCGGUUUUUGUCCAAUAUGGCUGCCUUCAAUACAAAUUUCAGUGAAAGUAACCUGUAUAAACUAUUUAUUUGCACCUCUGAUGGUUUUAUAUUUAUGUGCACUACCUGCGUUUUGUUGUUUUACAAUUGGAAGACUUUAUGCUGUAGAAAAAAUAAAACCGCCAUCCUUCACAUUUAACACUAUAGCAAACAUAAUUUGAUUGAUAAAUAAACCAGCAUGCCUUUGAUUUAAUUCUUUUUUGGUUUAAUUUUUAUUUUAUAUUGGCCAUGUCGAAAAGGCAGAUGGUCUCCUCCCAAAGUUUAAAAAUUUAUGAAACACAUUAUUUUUUAAACCUUUUUUUUGUCAUCCAAACUAAAAUAAUCGACAUCAAUUAGUUUUUCUGUAUAACGCACAAAAAUAUUAAUUCCCAAGUUUCCUAAAAAUACAUAAAUCUUCGUCUCGGUAUCAUGUGUCAUCUCGAAUAGAUGAUUUCUUAUAUAAAUCAAAUUGUUACACAUAUUACUGCAUUAUGACUGGUCCGUUUGGUAAAGAUGAUGCACAGCCUCGGCCCUUUGCUGCUGUUGAGCCUAUUUGGUUUUAAAUUAGCCAUACUAUUUCUAACUUUUGAUUUUUUUUUUUUAAAUACUAAUUUUCGUGCCUUUUUCAUUAUUUUUUCUUCUUACACUUCUAUGUCUUCCUCAAUGACUCCGGGAAAUAAAGCCUGAUGUGCUUGUAAUGCAAUAAUAACGUAAAACCUAAAUAGCACACAUUGCUUCAGUGAAAGUCAGUAGUUUUCUGGAAGAAGUCAACAGUUUCUGUGUGGUGUAUUAACUCGAGACACAAGUGUUGGUGCAUCUUUCUUGUUGUCUUGCCCGUAGCUCUAAAGUAAAUUCACAAAACUAAAAGGAACUUGUUUUGUAACAGAGACUGAUGAGAAAAUUCAGCACAUUUCCCUUUUUCGCAGAAAGAUGUUGACAUGUGAAUAAGAUGACAUCAGUGUGUACAGAAAACCCACUCAGUGUAACAUUUAUCAUUGUUAUAAGCUAUGCCUUUAUUUUUGAAUGUCUCUUAUUUUCUUAUACGUUAUAAAAAAAUGCCUUUUCUGAAUCAUACCAAAUGGCCAAAGUGUAAAAUACGUAUAUAAAUUGUUGUAGAUAGGAAAAUAUGAGAGCAAAUAAUGAAAAGCAAGGAGGCGGUUGGACAUUUUUACACUUUAGUUGAUGCUGAAAUUAACUGUGCGAUUUUUAUCUAUGCAUUCUUUUGAUCUGGAGAAAAAGGAAAGUCAUGAGGAGCAAAAGAGAGAUGAAGUGUAUUGAACAAAACUAUUUUUUAUUUUAUUUAUUCUAUUUUAUAAAAGGUAUAUACUGAUUUUAUUAGUUGGAAGCAAGUCUCUCGAUUCUGUCAUUAUUUCAGACCCCAGUCAACUCUUCAAACGUCACAAAAAGCUCCCGGUUUGCAGAAACAAAGCAGAUAGAGGAAUAUAUCUUCACCCUGUACAGUGAUCACUUACCGCUGAGGGUCCACUGCUGCUCAGAGCGUCAGACUGAGGAAGAGGACGAAGAGGGCAGCUGCAGUGGACCUGCAGCCUUUCUGUCAAACUCACACAGACACCCACAGUCCAUUCGAUGGAUGUGUUAGCUUCCGUUUGCUGCUCACCAAUUUGUACACUUUAGCAAUGUAACCAAUUGUGAGAAUAAAUGGCAUAAAACACUC